UGCUACGAUACAGAGAUAUUCUGAACACAGUGGAGGGUCUGACCCGCUGGCCAUGGACAUCACCUGGAACCAUGUGUCAGGCAUCGGUGUAGACACCCACGUUCACCGAAUCUCAAACAGGCUCGGAUGGACCAAGAAGGAGACCAAGACACCAGAGGAGACACGAAGAGCCUUUGAGGAGUGGUUACCAGGAGAUCUGUGGAGUAAGAUCAACUGGUUGCUGGUUGGUUUUGGGCAGCAGGUGUGUUUACCUGUUGGGCCAUUGUGUUUAAAUCAGCACACCUGUCCGUCCGCCCACCAGUUGCCCCCUAAAGACACAAAUCCAGCCCCCCAAAAUCACCCGCAAUCCCUCACAACCACACACACCAAUGUAGGUCCCCCUUGUGCCGCCAAAACAGCACCAACCCGCAUCUCGCAAUAGCAUUCUGUUAUUAUAUUCUUCUCACCACAGUUGUGCAGAGUGGUUAUCUGAGUUACCGUAGACUUUGUCACUUUGAACCAGUCUGGCCAUUCUCUGUUGACCUCUCUCAUCAACAAGGUGUUUCCAUCCACAGAACUGCCACUCACUGGAUGUUUUUUGUUUUUGGCUGCAUUCUGACAACAAUCAUCCAUGUGAUUAUCUAAUCAGCCAAUCGUGUGGCAGCAGUGCAUAAAAUCAUGCCGAUACGGGUCAGAAGCUUCAGUUAAUGUUCACAUCAACCAUCAGAAUGGGGGAAAAUGUGAUCUCAGUGAUUUGGACCGUGGCAUGAUUGUUGGUGCCAAACGGGAUGGUUUUGGUGGCACAUGAGCAGGGUUGUGAGGGUUACUUUUGAAAUGUAUUCCACUACAGAUUACAGAAUACAUGCUGUAAAAUGUAAUUUGUAAUGUAUUUCGUUAGAUUACUCAAGGUCAGUAAUGUAAUCUAAAUACUCUGGAUUACUUCUUCAGCACUGGUAGAUUUUUUUCACUUGUUUUGACUAUAAAAACUCUGCCAGUACAGUAAGACAAAAUACACGUUAAAUAUACAUUCUCUGAAAAACCGAAAUAUCUUAUGCAGUGUUGUUUCUAAAACAAGAUCAAUCAAACUGAUCUUGUUUUAAGGAUUUUUAGAUAUUUUUACAGGAAAACAAUACAAAAAUUAUUAUCAAGAAUACGAUUUUUUUGCCCUAAUAUCAAAGAUCUUACUAGAAAAAAAGAAAUUAUGAUCUAAUGUGAAUUUUCUUGAUAAUAAAAUAUGAUCGUGUCUGGUAACGUGCAUGUAAAAUGGCUAGAAAUAGCAUUUUAGCUUAGCGUAAAGCUGACAAUUUACACAAGGUUUAUUUCUAUUUCUUCUGCUCCAGACUUACUUCAAACUUACUUCUCUGUCUGCUCGUAUGAAUGUAACACAUCAUAAGAAAGUGUUUCACCGCUGUUCAAAUGCACUUUGGAUCGCAUCAUUUAUAUGUAUAAAUGUUUUCCAUCUGAAAGGACUAAAUAUUAAAUGAAACAAAUGACAAUAAAAUGCAAAGUAAUCUCUUCAGUAAUC